AUGUUACGUGAUAUACAUCCAUUCAAAUCAUUAACAUCACGCAUUGCUGCAAAUGCCAAACAAACCGAUAUCAAUCGCGAGAUUCAAAAUUGCCGUGAUGAACAAAGUGAACGGUUUGAUUUGAGCAAAAGCAGCGUCACAAUUCUACCAAAUACAAUUAAAGAAUUAACACAUGUGCGAGAAUUGUAUUUAUAUAGUAAUCGUAUUCAACAGCUACCACCUGAAAUCGGCAAUUUGGUCAACUUAAAAGUGCUGGCUUUGAGUGAGAAUUCGUUGACAACAUUACCGGAUACCAUGGAUCGUCUUGUUCAAUUGAAAGUCUUGGAUUUACGACACAACCGAUUCAAUGAUAUACCCGAAGUGAUCUAUCGUAUAACAAGUCUUACAACGCUCUAUCUACGCUUCAACCGAAUUAAAGAAGUAUCUGAUACAAUCCGAAAUCUAGUAAAUUUGCAAAUGUUAAGUUUACGUGAAAAUCGUAUUCGUUCAUUACCGAUAACUGUUGGUCAUCUUGUACAACUCCUCACGCUUGAUGUUGCACACAAUCAUCUUGAACAUCUGCCAAAUGAGAUCGGAAAUUGCGCACAAUUGACCACAUUAGAUUUAACUCAUAAUGAACUUGUUGAUCUCCCCGAAUUAAUAGGCAAUCUAAAAAAUCUCAGUCGAUUACUGAUCAGAUACAAUCGUCUCUCGACCAUUCCACCAUCAUUAGCAAAUUGUUCUAAACUUGACGAGUUCAAUAUCGAAGGCAAUAACGUUUCACAACUACCAGACGGACUUCUUUCAAGUUUAGUUCAUUUAAAUACAAUCUCAUUGGCACGAAAUAAUUUCAAUUCAUUUCCAUUGGGUGGACCAACACAAUUCACAUCUGUACAUUCAAUCAAUAUGGAAUGUAAUACGAUCGAUAAGAUUCCAUUUUCGAUAUUUUCCUUAGCGAAAUAUUUAUCGAAAUUGAACAUGAGAGAAAAUGCCUUAACAUCUUUACCACUCGACAUUGGAUCUUGGACUGCGUUGGUGGAAUUGAAUCUUGCUACGAACCAGCUAACUGUUAUCCCCGAAGAUAUCAAGAAUCUACAGAAUUUAGAAGUGCUGAUCAUGUCGAACAAUCAACUAAAGAGAAUUCCACCUUCACUGGGUCAAUUACGGAAACUACGGCAUUUGGAUUUGGAAGAAAACAAACUCGAUUCACUGCCUCAGGAAAUAGGUUAUUUACGCGAAUUAACUCGAUUAAUUGUUGCAUCGAAUCAAUUGACUCAAUUACCUCGAUCGAUCGGAUCGUUAUCGAAUUUAACGCAUUUAAAUGUUGGUGAAAACAACCUAAGCUUGUUGCCCGAAGAUGUUGGUCAAUUGGAGAAACUUGAACAACUCUACAUCAACGAUAAUCCUAAUUUAGAUGUCCUUCCUUACGAAUUAGCAUUGUGUACAAAUUUACAAAUCAUGAGCAUCGAAAAUUGUCCACUUAGGAGUUUACCACAAGAAAUAGUAGCAGGUGGACCUUCUCUUGUGAUACAAUUUCUCAAAGUACAAGGACCGUUUAAUCUAAAUUGA